CUAAAAUACCAUCUUUCUAAAAAAAUAAAGCAACUUAAAAAACCCAACAAAUAUAAAUAACCUAGUCAAUAUAAUUUAAUUUGGCCAAGAGAUUUUUAUGUUGUGCUAGAGAAUUGCACCUAAGGACGGACAUAUAACUAAACAUGACCUUAUAUCACUUUGGGAAUUGCUUAGCCCUAGUUUAUGUCCCUUAUUAUUUAACCUACAAACAUUCUGGACUAUCUGAGUAUGGAGCUUUCUGGAAGUGUGUUCAAGCAGGAGGUAUCUACAUAUUCACACAGUUGUGCAAGAUGAUGAUCUUAGCCACAUUUUUCCCUGCGGGUGAUUCUGGCCCACAUGACAGUGUUGAUCUCUUCGGGGAAUUCCUGAAAGCCACAGUGGAUCUUGCUGAUUUGGGCGGCCUCUACCUUGUUUUAGCAGGUAUUCCUGGCAAGGGCCAUGCCAAAGUGUUGACAGCUGGGGUAGGCUGGGCAGGAGCUGAGUUGGUGCUGUCUCGUUGUCUGCUACUGUGGUUCGGAGCUCGAGGGGCUGAGUUUGACUGGAAAUAUAUACAGAAAAGUCUAGAAUCUAAUAUCAGUUUGGUGCAACACAUCACUACAGUGACUCUCGUAUGGUUGUGGUCCAGACAUGAUCUGACUGACUACCUCAAGCCACUGGUCACCAUACUGCUGCUGGUCUGCUCCUACAAACCACUUCUGAUGGAUGUCCUAGUUCAGACGACGGCAACAGGACCGUGGGUGUCGUUGCUGCUGAGGUCCGUGUUCACUCUCUGCCUGGGAGCCACAACAUUGCAGAUCUACGCUGGGCUGGCGCAGACCAUCGGCAUCUAUUGAUGUCAGCCAGGACUUAUUAGUAUUUAGAUAAUUAUUUAUACCUCUCUAUGUGACAAAUAAAUGUGUGUUCUUUAGAAAAUAAAAGCUAAAGUUUAAGGAA